AUGGCAUCCUGGACUGUAGUAUUUGUGGUAAGUCUUCCUUGUAUUUUAUGAUAAGACGUUGAAAAAUUUAUAUUUGAUCGAGAUGCAGGUGAAGGCAAGGCUAGCCGAUUUUCCCAUUCGUGGGGUUGCAACUUCAUUGCCUCAAUAGGUAAUGAUUAGGAAGCUGGCUGCAUCGUCGGCUUGCUGCGUUUUCGGCAUGGACUGGCUGCAUUACAGUGGGCUAACUGCCAUAUUUGGUUAGCUUAUUUUUUUCUGUGUAAGUGUUUGAUUGGUUGAUUACCAGUCUGGUCAGCGGAUUCCCUGACAUUACGCGUAGCCAUUUAUAGCGUUUCUGGCUAGGUGCAAGGUUGGCUUGCGAGAUAACUGAAUUUUUAACAAUAAGUUGGCCUACUCGUUUAUUCUUUCCAUGUAUUUUAUAAAGCUUGUUCUUCACUUUUUAUUAAAGGUGGUGACCUUUGCUGUAGUUGAUUUAUCGACCGCAAAACCAUAUGGUAUGUAUCCACCUCGAGAAACAAAAUACCAUGGAUUCAGUGUGAUCUGGAGAUAAUAAACAGUUUAUAAUCUGUUGCCGUAUCUUAGGGCUAAACCGUGCUUUAAAGAGUGUAGGUCAUAAAUAAUUAUUCAAAACCCGAAUUGAAAAAUACACUGAAUAAUGUAUGGGCCAAAUUAAGAGCCUUAAGGUGGUAAAACAUAGUCUCAGUGUUUUAACACCAUUUCUUUGACAAAUCAGUUCAAACAGUAUUUUAGCCCACUCCCUAGAUAAAUUGUCAAAAUGCUUCAUGACAGCCUGUUCGAAACACGUUGUUUUCUUCGUUUAUCCCUUCAAUUUCCUAUUUAUUUAUUUGAUUAUAUACUUUUUGUUUUACAAUUUGCUUAUGAUAUUCGACUAUAAGCUGAUUGUUAACAAAUAAACCAUAGCUGCCAAAGUGAAUUAAACUGUUUUUUAUUUUUAUUUUUAGGCACACCUAAUGAGCAACUGGACAAUGAGAAUCACAAUGAAUACCAAAUGAUGAGCGACCAAGGCCGACCUGAUCAAAAACUUCGUGAAUUCGAGAGGGACCAAGGCCAACUUUAUCAUGAGCUCUCUCAGUUAGAACUCCAGUUGGACUCGCUUACAAGACAACAAAAUGGUAAACGUAUAUCCAGGCAUACAGGAGUAAAUUCAUUAUCAUGAAACUUCUCCCCAGAAGACUCAAUCCUAUUAAUUUCCAAAAGAAUGAUAUGAGAGGAUUUCCAGUACAGAACAGGUCUUUGGUUUAACUGCCCGCCUGAAGCGAGGUCCAAAUCAAACUUCAAUCUUGACAUCCUAUAAUGCUGAAGAUAGACUAUCUUGGUUUCUAGAUCAUAUUCAACCAGCAUAUUCGGCCUCGCAGGAUGAUCCCAAAGAAGAAGAACAACAACAAGAUGAAGAGGAAUUAGGAGAUCCCGAAAUGGAAAAAGAAGCAGACGCCUCAGAAAUGGAAGAAGUAGCAAACUACAUAGGAUUGGAAGAAGCAGAAGAUGAAGGAUCUGGCGAAGAAGAGGAAAUCGAAGAGAGUGAGUCCAAUCUGACUUUAGUUUCAAUUUUAAUUUUGAUUUACCAGCUAUGA